CAAUAGUGUUGGUGUUGAAGAAGAGGAAGACACAUAACAAAUGGAUGUUAGUGAAGAUUUGUUAUUAGACAGCGAAAAUCAAGACAUGGAAGAUGACAUUGUAGACGUUGAACAUGAUGUGCCAGUCAUUGUAGCGGAUCCUGUGUUGGAACCAGACUUUGUUGACGUUCCACAUAUUCCGGCCGUUGUUCAUCAAGCCAACCAAUACGAACUAACAUGGUGUCCAUCUUUUCGUUUUCGGUUCCCAAAGGCAUUUGCAGCAAAUGUAGAUAUGUCUGUCCUUGAUGAGAUGGUAGUUCAAACUGAAGACGGGUUUUCAAUGACACUAGAGAUCCGGCAAGAAACGGCACGUUGGAAAAUGCUGCAGGCUGGGUUGGAAAAUGGAGCUCAGUUUUUGCUGCGAUAUUAUAGGGAUCAAAACACGUUGCGAAUUCUUAAUUCGAACCCCUAGAUGAUGUAUCUAUUGACAGAUAGCGUCAGAAGUAAACAACUAAUAUCGCAUGUCGUAUGUGUGGUA